UCUCCAACCCAAACAGUCACCAUGGUUCUAUUUACACCUGAAGAGCGUGCCGCCAUCGCAUUCUUGUGGCAGAAGGUUGACAUGAGCAAGGAUGGCAGCGACCUCCUCAACAGGCUGCUUAUUGUCUACCCCUGGACCCAGAAUUUUAACACCAAUUUCGGAGACCUGUCCAAUAAAACCGCUGUCUCUGAAAAUGUUGAAGUGCAGGCCCAUGGCGAGAAGGUUCUGGGUGCCAUUGGCAAUGCCAUCCAACAAAUGGAUGAUGUCGAGGGCUCUCUCCACCAACUCAGUGACACCCACGCCAACAAGAUGCUUGUGGACCCCGACAACUUCAAGCGUGUUGGAGAAAUGCUGGAGACUACUAUGGCUGCCAAACUGGGAUCCGCUUUCACCCCUCAGGUCCAGGCCGCCUGGAGGAAAUUCAUUGUAGUUAUAGUGGCCGGUCUGACCCAGGCAUAUUAUUAAACUGACUGUAUUGUACUCUAUCUUAAAAUGUGCUUUCAGUGUGUUCAUUUUGAAA